AUGUUCCUUGCCCCACCAUUGGCUUGCGUGGCGGUGAAGCUGUCAUUUCCCUCAACGAUCCUUUUAUUCGCAAAUAUGGCCGCAGUUCCCGCUGAUCAGACAUGGUUUGACACCAUCAAGAGGUCCUUCGCUGAUGUCCCCAUCGAUGCUGAGGAGGGUGUCUCUACUACCGAGUUCCUUGAGGCCGCAGAGGCCCUGGUGACCCUGUUCGACGUGCUCGGCUCCGUCGCUUUCAACACGGUCAAGAGUGACCUGCUUGGCAACAUCAAGAAAGUCCGCGAUCGUCAGCUAGCCGCUCCCGCUGAGUCUGAGACUCUCCAGGCCCUUGUGCUGAACGAGUUGAAGACCAAGAAGCACACUGCCACUGAAGGUUUGGUCUGGCUGGUCCGUGGCCUUGACUUCACUGUGCAGGCACUCCGCAACAACAUCGAGAACGCCUCCAAGGAGCUCUCUGACUCCUUCCGUGACGCCUAUGGUCAGACCCUCAAGCCUCACCACUCGUUUCUCAUCAAGCCCCUCUUCUCCGCCGCCAUGUCCGCCACCCCAUACCGCGCCGACUUCUACCAGAAGCUCGGUCAAGAUCAGGCCAAGGUCGCCGCCCAGCUGGAGAAGGAAGUUGCCGCACUUGAGAAGGUCGUCAAGAUUGUGAAGGCCUUCCAGGACACCAAGCAAGCCAAGUGGUAA